GCGGAGGGAGAGAAGAUGGCGGAUGGCGACAGCGGCAGCGAGCGAGGGGGCAGCGGGAGCGGCAGUGGCGGGGGCGGCGGGGGUGGUGGCGGCUUCCAGCCUCUGUCCCGCGGGGGCGGCGAGCAGGAGACCCAGGAGCUGGCCUCGAAGCGGCUGGACAUUCAGAACAAGCGCUUCUACUUGGACGUGAAGCAGAAUGCCAAGGGCCGCUUCCUAAAGAUAGCUGAGGUGGGAGCGGGCGGCUCCAAGAGCCGCCUCACGCUUUCCAUGGCCGUGGCCGCCGAGUUUCGAGACUACCUGGGCGACUUCAUCGAGCACUACGCGCAACUGGGGCCCAGCAGCCCCGAGCAGAUCGCGGCGGCUGCGGCGGCUGCAGGCGCCGAGGACGGCGGCGGGCCCCGGCGGGCGCUCAAGAGCGAAUUCCUCGUGCGAGAGAACCGCAAAUACUACCUGGAUCUCAAGGAGAACCAGCGCGGCCGCUUCUUGCGCAUCCGCCAGACCAUCAACCGCGGGCCCGGCGCGGGCGGCGGCUUCGGCGGCGGAGGCGGGCCGGGACCCGGGGGAGGCCUCCCCAGCGGCCAGACUAUCGCGCUGCCCGCGCAGGGCCUCAUCGAGUUCCGAGAUGCGCUCGCCAAGCUCAUUGACGAUUACGGCGGCGACGACGACGAGCUGGGCGGCGGCCCAGGCUACGGUGAGCUGCCCGAGGGCACGUCCAUCACGGUGGACUCCAAGCGCUUCUUCUUCGAUGUGGGCUGCAACAAGUACGGCGUUUUCCUGCGGGUGAGCGAAGUGAAGCCGUCCUACCGCAACGCCAUCACCGUGCCCUUCAAGGCCUGGGGCAAGUUUGGGGGCGCCUUCUGCCGCUACGCCGACGAGAUGAAGGAGAUCCAGGAGAGGCAGCGCGACAAGCUGUACGAGCGCCGGGGCGGCGCCGGGGACGAGUCCGAGGGCGAGGAUGUGGAUGACGACUGAAGCUGGGGCAGCCUCCCCCACUCCAGCGCCCCCAUCCCGCUCCGAACCGUAAGCCCCCUCCCCGAAAUCCCCCCUCCCCGCCGGAAUGCUCCCCUUCCCACUUACCCCUCGUAGCGGGGCCUGGGAAGGGGGAGGCCCCUAGAGAAACAAACCAACAAGAAAAUAACAAGCAAUGCUAAUUAAAUAACCACCAGGAAAAUCGCGGACAACUAGAAGAGAGCGGAAAGUUCAAAGGAGAUGACACUGGCCUGAGAGGUGAGGAGAAAGCGCCUCUUCUACUGAGAGUAUAGCCUCAAAACACCCUCUCCCCCCUCCCCACCUUUGCCCACCAGAACAAUCUGAUCCUCAUCCAAAACUACAUCCUCACUCGCCUUUGACCUGGAGAUAGAAACAAAUUUGAAUUGCCCAGAGCACCUACCCAAAGCUAUUUGAUUUGUGCUGUUCCUGGACUGCUUUAAUCGGUUCUACAAAUCUUCCCAUUGGCCCCUCUGAUUCAGUGUUGAAUUCCUUCACCUUCUUUGAAACCAGCAUCUUGGUGUCUAAAUCUUUGCUAAAGUCCAUGAAGAUAAGGGGGAGAGGCUGUUGUUGCAAGUUACCCAUUUCUGAAGGUGCAGGUCCAUAAAGGGAAAUACAAAUUUAAAAGUACAUAUUAAUCAUGGACUCACUGGGCAGAAAUGAAAAUUCAAAAGUUUUUGGGGAAUAUGGAAACAAAUUUGGAUUUUAAAAUAAGAUUUUGGAGGGAACCUGGACCAAUGUCUAUUGUCUUUUUCUUUGCAGAAUUUCCUCCCUACCCCCAUGCAAACUGAUGGAGAUAUCAGUGUUUGAACUGGAAUCCAUUACUAAAAUAGUUUUAAAGUUGGCAAGGUUUCUGAAGAUUUUAAUGGACAUUUUUGUAUGGGGGGGAGGGUUGCAUAAGAAGAAAUCAGGCAUAAAGCACAAGGAAAACUGUUUGAGUGGAUUGGUUGCUACUCACUAAAGUUCUUCCCCUUCUCUCCUAAUAUGGAGGUUAUUAUAAAGAAAUGGCUUAGGUAUGAAGAAAUGAGAGCCAGCUUUCUUAUGGCUCCAAAAAGCAUAAGCCUGUGAAUAGUAGAUAAUUCAGCAAUUCCAUCCAAUGGCUGACUGGAUUUUAAACCAUAACUUGCAUAUCAUCAGCAAAAGGAAACAUGUGGCUACAAGCCUGAGCUUUGAAAGAAUGACUGACAUCCAUACAAAAGUUGGAAAUUAACAAAACUGAAGUCUCUGUUUACCUUCAGUUUAGUUAGUAUAUGGACUUGUUCAAAUAUUAACAUCCUCAGGUCCAGAAUUUCCAGCAUCAGUUAUUCUUUUACAAGAAUUUUUAAAGAAGAACUUGAUCCAUUUUUAUCAGUACCUCACAAUCAAAGUUGGCACAUGAUGGAUGAUUCAGAGCAGCGGGUCUUAUGGAAGCUGAAAUCCAUCACUAAAAGGAGCUAAAGUGAAAAUGAAUAAGCUGACUAUACCCUGGAAGCUUUUUUUAUACCAUCUUGAAAUUUCAACAUAAACUGGCUUCUGCCAGUUCAUCUUAGCUGUCUUUCAAGAAUAAAAGUUGGGGUUUUCAAGGAUCACCUCUUCUAUAUUUUAAAUGGAUUCUCUCUAUAAAUGGUUUUUAACUAAUCAAGUCAAUCCUAUCCCCCUUCAAAAAAAAGGUAUUUCUAGAAAUGUUAAUGUAUCCUAGGUAACUUUGAACUGAAUGGGAUUUAAACUGUUCAUUCCAAAGUUUUCAGGUAUUACUUGUGCAAACACCUUCUCGUGCAGGAGGCAGGUAACUCCACCUCCACAAUCUUCUUAGUAUUUUUUAACUGCAUGCCUGCCCUUUAUUUGAGCUGCCUUUUUAAUUUAUUGCAUACCCUUUUUAUUACCUUAUUUUGGUAUUACUCAAUCUAUACUAUCUUUUUGUUUUGUAUUUAUUGGAAAAUAAGGAAUAUACAAAGGUCAUUCUUAUGCAUUUGUGGCUGAAGGAGAAGAUAUUUUACACAAAAUUUUGGCUGUUUAUAGAAAUUAAGAUUAUCCAGAAUAUUGAUAAUCACAGGUUAAAAGUACAAGAGCCACAAACAUGUACUUAAGCCCCUUUAAAACAUUCUCUUCUCUCAUCCACAAAACUUUUUAAACAGAUUUUUUAAAAAACAGCUUUUGUUUUUUAAUUUUUCUCCGUUGCAAAGAAUGUUUCCUAAAUUGUAUGGGAGCAAUAGUAUUUUUUGAUGUUUUAAUUACAUCUGUAUUCUUGUACUGUAUUUUGUACUACAAGGCAGCUGUUUUCAAUAAUGUCCUGCUGUAUUUACCUUUGUAUUUUGUUUGAGUGUGUUCAGUUCUUUGCUGCGGAGAACAAGUCCCAAAAUAAUGUUUGAAUAGAAAAGCUUUAGGGUUGCAGAAAACUGCUUUAAGUAAUUUCAAAAUUUUGAGGCAGCAAUGAAAAUUAAGGUUGCAGCCAUUAGUCUAUAUUGCUGUAACUUUUUCAUUUUCAAACCAUAUACAAUUCCUGUAUAGACCAACUUGUUUUGUUGCUUCAGUGGUGAUCGUGUUGCUCAGCUGCUGUGAGCCAAUUCGAUUUUGCAAAGGUGCAGUACCUCUCCUUUUCAAGGGGUUGGGUUGUUUUGUUUUUUUUUUUUUUGUUUUUGUUUUGUUUUUGGUUUUGGUUUUUUUUUUUUUUUGGCUGAAUUGCAGUAACUAGCCUUGCCUUUCUACUCUGUAGAAUUGACAGGGUCUUCACAAUCCUUUACCCGUGGCUAUUAAGCUAUAAUUAGCUGCAUAGGAAGUAUGUGGAAGUGGACAGAGGCAUAUAUAGAGUGUAUGCCAAGAACACUACCAUAUACGGCAUCAGCUUUGGUAACCAGAGAAAUUUUCUCUUAGUCAUUAGACCAUAUAACAGUGAUGUAUCGUGCAAAAAAUCUUUAGUAAUCAAUUUGAGAAUCCUCCAAAAAUAGGAGCAAAGAAUGCAUAAGCUAUGUGUUGAAAGAAGUAAUUUAUAUUAAAAUUCUGACCUGCCUGGAUAAGACUAAUUAAAUGUCACCAUGGUGGGUUUUUAAGUCUUAACCAAUCUUGAGGAUUUGAUUUUCCCCAAAGGGGUGGUUCAUGGCCUUUCUUCCUACUGCAGGAAGAUUUGGAUCCAUUCUGGCAACAGAAGGGUAUGGGUUAAUUGUCCACUGAUCGUCAUUCCUGUCCCUAGGGACAAUAGAAAUCUACAGAAUACAGGGACUACAUUUCUUGAAAUUUUUUGCUGUUAGAUAUGACUAUUAACAACAAGGUGCUCAAAAGAUCAUAAAUAUUAUCUUAUUGAAGUCUUGUGAUCUUUGUUAAAUUUGGAAAGAAAGAAGCAUUGUACAAACUAAAGUGUGAGAAACAAACCUUUUUUUUUUUAAACUUCAUUGAGCAUCUCAGUAUUCAUACCCAGAAAUGUCUAGUCAUAUUCGGCAAGUUCUAAAGCUACUUUUCAAAUGCAAUCAUAAAAGGUUUGUUCCUCAUGCUACUGUUUUGUCAGCUUGUUUUCUUUGUGGAGUUCCACAACUUAAAGUUAGAAACAAAAUAUUAGCAAAACAUCACAAAUCUGUAAAUAUGUACUGAUUUCUAUUGUCCUUAUUUCAUCAUUCAGCCAAUGGAAUGACAGUUCCAGUCUGCAAACAUGUCAAUGCAUCUGCUAUACAAAAAAAAAAGUCUGUAUGGCACCAAAAAAAAAAAAAAAAAAAAAAAACCAAACCAAAAAACCAGACACCCUGUGUAAAUAUUUGAGGCAUGUAGGUGGCAUAAAUGACUGUAGCUAUACUAUACACAUAGCUACUUGUCAGUUCAAUUUUUAUAAUUAAUACAGAAUGAUUCUGAGGGUCUGUGGAUUCAAGCAGUCUUUAAAACCUCCUGCUUUGUUUGUUACCUUUGGAUCACUUUGCAGCAAAUUACAGGUCAAGCGAUUCGGGCUUCAGUUUCCUCCCCCAAAAAACCAAACUACAAACAUUUAUCCUGUUUCUUAUUUGAAAAUGUGCAGGGUAAUGGGCAAAAAAGGCUGGUUACAAUAAUGCCCUCAUAUUGAGUGGUCUGUAAAUGACUGCACACUUCAGGCAUUGUAAUAGCUGAAGAUGACUUGUUAAAUGUGACUUUUCCCCAAUGUUACAAAGAUGUAGAAUGAUCUACACAAGGUAUUAAAAAGUGACUAUUAAUUUCCACCUAUCUUGCUCUUCAGAGAGUGUCAGUUAAUGAAUGUGGGGGGAAGCUUGAGUGUAUGUGUAUGGCUCAUGCACAUAAGUAUUCUUAACUAAGUUUUGUUUUUAUUUUUAACCAGAUUAUGGUACUUUAUCAAAUGCACAACUAGUCUCUCAGUAGAUAUUCAUUUGAAAAUAGUGUGGCCUUGAUCAGUGAGAAGGGGGAAAGACUUGUUUUUUGCCUAUGUAAAAAUGACUCGUUUGCUGAGAGUCAUAAUUCUCUUAAUAUUUUUGUGGUAGGUCUCCUUUUGAUCAGGAAAAAAAAUAAAAUGUGUUCAUUUAGGUAUUACAUUCAAUUGUCUGUUGUGUUUAGGAACUGAACUAUCAGAAUUGUUCUAAUGAAUAUCAAAGUGACUGCUUUGAUGUCCAAUCUCAGGUUUUAAAACAUAGUGGUGUAAAAACCCACUGGUUACUGGCAAAACAAUUUUAUUUUGGAAUACCUUAAAGCUCACAUAUAUCUGGCUUAUUCAGACAGCAGAGCCUUCAGCUUGUUGCUCUUUUCCCACUUUCUACUGGAGUCUGAUACUUCUGUGGCUUGAAAGUAUCAAGAAAUUUUUACAUUGUAUAUUUCCAUUUUAACCCUUGUAUAUUUUCUCAAAGGCAAAGCACUUUUGGUCACGUAAACAGAUUAUUUAUUUUAUGUGGACCGUGGCUUCUCAGGCUUCCCUAAUUCUGCUUAUUUAAGAUGAUUGUUCUGAUUGUUUAAGUGAAAAUCUUUGCUAAUGUUUAGAAAGUUUGUAUUGGUCCUGAAAGCAUCUGCUAGCUUCCAGUGAAUGCAGCAAUAGGAAUGCUGUGUUCACAACUUAAUAAGUUACUUUCCCUUGAGCCUUAAGGUAACUCUUUCUUUGCUGUCAAUAGCAGCAUUAAAGUUGUUGCUCUGUACAAAAUGAGACUAUCAGUUCAGGGUUGAUUUUUAGAAUACUGUAAGUCAAGUAGCUGUCUUCCUGAUAAGUUAAUGCUUCCAUCAAAUAGUUGUGGAGUUUGGUUUUUAAAGAGGGGGAGGAGGGGAAGCACACAACUUUAAAGCCUGACUAAAGGGGAAAAAUUAAUUAUAAAUCACAUGUUUUGAGUUUGGGUUUUUUAUAGAAAUUUAUAACUGCUUUAUAUUUUGACUAGGAAGAAACAAAAGAUGUAAAAUCCUAGCACCUAAAAGUUGGACUCCUGAAUGUUUUUGGUAUCAUCUAAAAACUUGUGUUUUAGAGUGUGGUAUUCUUUUGGUAGUUAAUUAACACCCACCUUCCUUAAUCUUUGGUACCAGACUCAAUUUUGUUAAGAGAUUUAAACGACUCGGCUUCCACAAAAUGAAGUCUUAUUCCCAAAAUUAAAAAUUAAGGUUAUAAUAUGAAGAAUUUUACACUUUAAACAUAAUUCCCAGAUACUGUCAGUGCCCCUUGUCUAAAGCCUAUGCUAACUUUUAUUAUAACUUUCACAAAGAAAUGGUAGGGAACAAUGAGACUUAUAUUUAUAUCAUCUUUGCUCACAAGCUAUAUAAUUUCAAGCCAAAGUAGUUUCUUAGUAUUUGUCUAAAAUUAUGUUGCUUUUUUAAAAUCCCUUAAUUCAACCAACUCAAUUAUUUAGGGCUUGAUAUUCCUAUAGACAAAACUCUGCUAACCCUCUUCUAGCCUUUUGGUUAUUUGACUAUUUCAUUAGUGCCUCCACCAGAGGGUGGAUGGAGGAAGGGAAACAUUUUAUCCUAUUAGUGAUUCUAAUAGGACUAGUGAAAAGUAUGGGGAAGCUUUUAGGUAAAACAAGGUUUUUAUAUAAUUAAAGUCUUAUUUUUCCUGUUUUUCCUGACAUAUUUUGACAUUUUGCCUUUUUAAGUAGAAUCUUACCCAAAUAGUAACAUUUAGUAGUAUAAGGUGGAAGAAGUAGAAAGAUGUUCAAUAUCCUUUUUAAAAAGAGUUCUAAAAUUUUUUUCCAGGCUCUGCCACUGUCAUCUUUUGCUAAACAGGGUAAUUCUUCCAAAAAUAAAAAAUUUAAGUUUCUCACAGCAUUACCAUAAGAAUUUCUAAGGGGGAAAAAAAAGUAGGGAAUAAUGUUUCUUCCCUUAAAUUAGCACAGCUUAAGCAGAAUCUAUCACCCGAAAGAGGUAUUUUGGGGGAAAUUUGUAUGAACACAUUUGUGUCUAGGAUAUGGAGGGGGGCUAAUUUUUAGUUUAUCACUCCUUUGUGAUAAAAGUUCCCUUUGAAAAAGAAUAUUGUUCCCUGACCCUGGAAUCUGUUCUAUCCUUGAAAAACUAAAUAGAAUUCUUAAGUCAAAAGCAGGGUGUAAAUCUUGUCACUUGCCCUGAAUGUUAUGUUAACAAUAGAAUGUGAGUUAUUUUGCAAUGGGAUGGUCAGCAUUAAUAGUAACAUUUAAUGUUAAACUUCUUAUUCUUACUGUCCUUUCUAGGCUGUAUGUAGAAAUGAUCUUUUCAUCGCUAUUUAAAAUCUAUUUCUUCUAAUUCCCAGAUAGCAUACUUUCCCAAUCUAGUGAAACUGCCAGCCACAUCUGCUAGUGGCUAAUAUAUUAAAUGCCUCCUCCCCUAGAAUACCUUCUUAACUCCAAACCUAGGGUUGUUGCUCGCCAACACAGAAUCUGUACAAGUAAUUUGAAUGAACUAAAUCCAAAUUUAAAGUUCAUUGGAGCAGGAGACAGCUUCUUGAUCAGGAUGUAUUUGUGUGUUUAAAAUGGGCAGCAACUAAAAUAUGAUUUUGAAAUUUAAAUGUCUUCAAUCCAUAUGUAAAUAUCCACAUGCUUGUGCAUUGUAAACAGGUGUGUAUUCAUAUGUAUGAAAUUACAGAACUGGUUUCUGCUUCAUGAGAAACACAAUACCUUUAAUUUUAUAAGAUUUUUCCCACAACCUUAUAAAUGUAUGUAUAUAGAACACUAAACUUGUAGUGAUAGGAUCAAUUCGGGAAUAUCUGCUGAGAGACCAAAAAGUUCAUUUUUUAAGUACCUUGGUUAAAGAAUAAAGAUUAUUCCUCGUUUAUAUAUAUAUAUAUAUAUAUAAAUAUAUAUAUAUAUUAAAAAGAAAUGCACUUUAACAAGCAAACACAGCUGCAUGGCGCAAUUCAAACAAAUACAUUUAAGUGCAGCACCCAUUCAAAAUCUCCCUGAAAACAAUUCAGAAGCAGAGUCAAGAGCUGGCUGUAGGCCUUGUAGCCUAAGAGAGUGAAGCUUAGACUCUUAUCCUUUGUGAGGCAAGCAGGGCUGCUUUUAAAGAGCAAUGUGAAUACAGCCAGGAGCUACAGACAGGUCUGUAAAAGGGCAGGUCCUGGAUUUACCACUAGCUAACUAGCAAAACCAACCAGAAAAAAAAAGUUUAAAAAUUCAUGCUAGUGAGCACUCCUUUACAAUAGCAGAUUUUUGCAAAUGGAGUUUUACAAGUCUAUAUUUAAAAAAUUGUAUGUUUGUAACAAAUAAAGUAUGCGGAAAAGUGAA